AUGGCAAGCUCCCCCAAAAGCAAGUUUUUGGGAUUGACCUUUUGGCAGAUGUUGACUCUGAGGCUUGGGCUUCUGAUCGGCACGAUCAUUCUUCUUGGGGUUUUCCCCCCUUUGGCGGGCUUCUUGUUCCUGCCCUUAUUUGUGAUGAAUGUGCUGCAUCGCCAACAUUUACGCCACAAGUUCGGCCUGGAGCAUAGCACCUGCAGCAGUGUCUUCAAGGAUGUGUACAUGUGGUUGUGUUGCCAGCCGUGUGCCACCACCCAAGAAUUCCUUCAGAUUGGCUACACGGGCGAUCCAACUCUCAACGAUCCUUUGAAUGAUGACAGUGCACGCACCAUCCCUCUUCAAAUGCGCCGAUUGGCGAAGGAAAUCGAGAAGAUGGUGCGAUGCACCGUUGCAGCUGUGAUGCAAGCUUCCAUGGAGGCCUGCCUCUCUGGAGCUGCGGGGCUCACGACUCUGGAUCUCGGAGCAGGGCAGGUACUUCUGGAAGACGAACCUAGUGCAUGCGCCGGCCUCUUGUCUGACUGUGGCCUCUGGCCUGUGCUCUCACUUGACUUCGCGCGGAAAGUUUUGCACGUUGUUGCCAGGACAAUUGCCCGCACGGGAACCUCUACGUUCGGGCUUCGUGCUCUUACCACGGAUGGCCUCUUUGGAUACGCAGGACUUCAGUCUCGGGAACUGGUUGUUUCCAGUGUUUCGGGAGAGCCUGCCACCGCGUGGUCUGCCGCCGUGACUCAAAUCCAGGCGAAGCUUCAGGGCAAAAUUGGUUCGCAUGUGGCCAAGGGGUUGAAUCGACGGCAGAUGAACGUGUUGCGAACGGAGGCGGAGGUCGUGCUGCACACCGAGGAAGGCAGGGAACCGGACGCAGUCCAUCACAGUCCUAGGACUAGCGAAGGCAUGAGUUUGAGAAAGGUCUGGACCUUCGAGCAGAUUGCCGAGUCCUUUCUGAUCUAUGGGGCAAAGAAGUUUUACCAGCCAGGCACAGGGCCGGAUCCCCUCAGCCAGUGUCUUGGUGCUUUGAUCACUGCCGCUGGCGAGUGCGUGCCGAAAUUGGGAAUCGGCUGCGACGCCCGCGCGACAGGGGCCUCAGGAGUUUUUCAACUGGACUUCUUGCGAUCUGGAGGCACUGGAACGGGAGCGAUUGUCAACGCGCAGAUCAAGAAGGACAGCGGACUUAUGAACUUGUGCAUCAGUGGCUUCGGGGCCGGUUUCAUUACCGCGACGCCGUGGGUCGACCGGGCCAAUGACAAAGUCGCCACGCUGCAGGGAGAUUCCUUCCUCACCUGCAUGGGCGCGCCGGCGUUCGUGAACAACUACUCCUGCCCGGAUCCAAAGGCCCAUUCUGGCGGGCUUUACCCGAACUUCCUGGGUCCCUUCUGCCACAAGAGCUAUGCCAGUCGCUGGUCUCCAUGCAAGCUAGAGAGCACAUCCCCGCGGUGCUGCGGAGUUUGGAACGGUGGGGCCAACGACUAUCAGAUUCCGUUCCCAGAUUACUACCUGGAGAAGGCCCAGGAGAAUCUAAAGGCGGGCGCUGACUUUGAAAAAACGUGCCAGGAAGCUCUGAAGAAGGUCUCGUGGGGACAGGCCGAAGAGAGCGAACUGGAGGAGAGCACCGACAUAUCCUCCCGCCGCAGUGGAAAAGGCCCGGGUCCACGGUGGGCGUAUGGCACCAGCACACAGUUCGGAGCCGGAGAGGCCGAGUGGCCCAGCGGCACCGACCCGCUCUGGUACAUCGAUCGGAUCAAUUCCCGGACUGGGCCAUGGGCUGGCACGGUUGAGACCUUCGCGGAUGGUAGCACCGCCAUUCGCUCUGCACGCGCCGGUGCGGCGAUUCCAUGGCCAACGGUGAUGAACUACCAGAUGCUGGGCCCCAAAGGGCGCGGUCGGAAAGCUUGGAUCAACCAGACAAUCAUGCAGGCUCAGGGUCAGCUACCAGAUGGCCCACCUCUUUGCUACAUGGUGCAGCCGGUGAAGAAGGGAGCCUUCCCCUUCGCCGAGGAUGGCACACCUGUGGACUACAACAGCGAGGAUGUGCUCGCCAAGUCGAAAACUGGCAAGAACUACGUUUACCUCGUGGCCCCUUACGAGGGCUGUGGUGGAGACGGCCAAGCCAGUAACGGGGUCGGAAUCCAGGAUGUGUUCAACUCGUGCCCCAGCGUUCAAAGCGUGAUCAACGCCUUGGGCAAGAGUGACGCCGUGUGGUACUCAGAGAUGGCCAAGCACUGCGGCAAAGACAUGGAGGCUCUGUGUGCAGCGGCUUGCUCCCUUUGGAAUGGAACCGGCUUCACAAUCCUUGAGCCACACUCUGCAGAGCGAUCGGAGGCCUCCGGCUACGACUUUGUCAAGGAUGGCUCCUGCGCGCUCGGCGUCUCCCUUGCCUCGGACUACGGCCGAAAUUCGGUGAAGGCCACCAACGACUGGGUGAAAGACACGUGGGACGUCGAUCUGAGCAACUACACGUCCUGCUACGGGCGUGACGGAAGCGGUCAUGUGAACUACUGCUCUGGUAGCAACGGUCACUUCGACUUCGCCGUGGAUCCGUCAGAAGGAGGCUUCGGGAUGCCCUGGAAGACCGACUACGACGCAUCAGAGCUUCAAGCGAUGUUCGGCGACGACGGAGAUCAGAACAUCCUCCUUCGGUGGAUACCAGCCCGUUGCGAUGCGUGGGGACCGUGGACGCCGUACAAGCAAGAGUGUUCGGCCUCCUUCUGCGACUUCUGUACUUUCGGGAACUCACAAAGCUGCGAUCGCUGCGCACCAGGCUCGCAGGUGAAGGAAGACGGCAAGUGUUCAGAGAUGGCUGCCACAGGGACAUGCGAAGAUCUCGACCUCCCGGCUGACAACUUGUGGCUAAAGGCAUACUGCGUGCCGUCAUGGUCUGCAGACGGCACGCACCGCUUGAUGGGUGGCUACUGCCCACAGGCCACCACGUUCUGCAAGUGCUUGGCUGUCAUCAAGCUAUGGGCGAAACCUGACUCUGAAGCAAGCGUUUUCAAGUACUAUGAGGAGCACUGCUGA